GCCCGUCCACCGUCCGACACACGUGCAUCUAAUUUAGGUGAGUGUGCGUCGCUGUGUCCCUGACAGCGCGGCGGUUUCCGUUAGAAGGAAAUGAUGGAGAAGGAAAGUUUCUGACGCCUCCUGUACGCAGGAAAUCUGGAGAUCAUUUUUUCGCUUUGCGCGGUUCGCUCGUCCUCAUCACAGACACUGUAAAUCUGAAUAACCUGUAUGGAUUUGGGAUUAAUAGGGUCUUCGACACUGAAAUGUCUCUGGAUUGGAAAUGCAGCUCCACGUCUGCCUGUUGCUUUUUAUUAUCACAACAGAUAAAACACUGGCCUUGUUGCUCGGCCACUGUGGCGGAAAUGUCAGCUUGGACCAAGAGCCUGCUGGUCACAUCAAUCUCACUCUACCUGGACUUCUUACUGAGACCAACGACACACUGCCAGUUUGCACUUGGACAAUAGGUGUUCCUCUAGGUCGGACGGUACUUUUAAAGUUGGAAAGUGGUUCGAUCGUUUCUGUGAGCUGUGUUUUGAACAAGGAGGAUCAGGUCCUGGACAUCAGGGGGGCCGCUCUGCUCUCCGGCUGUGAUAGAAACAAAGCCACCUUAAUAUGGACAGGAGCAGGACUCUUCUCAAAUGAAAUUCAGCUGUCCUAUUACGUCCAGGAAGAUGAGAGAAAUUCCUCGGAGGACCACACCAGCCCACAUUCAGACCUCUUGCGUUGGUCUCAGACAGGAACCAGCUUUACAAGCGCAGCUCCUGUUGGUCAGGAGGCGUUGAGGGGGACAGAGGGGGGCAGAGGUCGCCUCUAUGAAGGUCUGGAGAGGAGUUCUGUUCCUCAGUCUGCAUCUAGUCCCUCCUCCCAGGACCAGGGGCUGCUGCACCCCACCUUGCCCCUGCAGGGACUCACUGUGGCUGCGAGAACCGAUAGGGAAGCUCUCCCACUUCCUGAGGAAGAGACAAACAAUGGAGCGGAUACGCCUGGAGCUGCUCACCUCGCUGAUGCCAGAGAGAGAACACACCCCUAUUUUGAGCAUACACUCAGUGCAGAUAAACUGUUUCCCACAUCACACACAGCAAACACAGACACAAACUCAAGCAAAGAGCUCCUUCAAACCCAGAUGGCUCUGACACAUGAAACAGCCAGUAGCUCCAACACCUUGCUUGGCACAGAUGUACACAAAAACACAGCAACUCAGACAUCUAAACCGUCUAUCAGCACACAAGCUCAAACCAGCUCCAGCAUCCCACACCUCACCUCUUCUCCCCCGGAGCUACCUUCCCAGACAGCCUGGGAGAGUGGCAGCAUCCUAAUCCCACGUGGUGGAGCUGUUAGUGGGGCACCAGCAGAGAAACUACCCCCUUACUGGAGGAACCAGCGAAGCACAGACAGACUUAACUCUGAUCUGACCUCCUCUGUCACUUCUAAUCCUUUAAAAUCACCCACCAAACCUGAGCAGGAGGACUCAAGCAGCACACGCGCUGAUACUGAACCCACUGCAUCAUCACCAUCACCAUCCUCCUCACAAGGCUACAGCAGCGGGACUUAUUCAUCAACCACCCACAUCUCAGAGCAUGACACCGCUGUCGGGACUGUGGAGGCUGCUUCGUUUCAUCCAAACAUUAGUCAAAGUGACUCAUCUGUAUCAGCUGCAUCACAUGUUACCAGUCAAACUGCAGCGUUUGACUCUUCUGAUGAAUUUGAAAACACGGAGGUGCUUCACACUUCUUCCACGCAGACUCAAACAGACUCUCCGCAAAGCACAGAGAGCCUCACACACCCACCGCCUCCGGACAAAUCCUCCCGCCUCACACAGACACACACAGAAGAGACACAAACAGCAACACAAACACAUUUUGUUCAUGCAUACAUUACUACCAACACAGUCUCCUCCGUGUCUGAGAUUACCAAAGUUGAGGACCAAACUUUGAGUUUCACCGGUUCUUCUUCUGCACCCAAAACCGAUCUGACGAUGGGAGAUGUAGUCCAGAACUUAUCGCCCGCAGGAGCCACUUCUGACACUGAAACACAUACACUGCGUCCCAGUUACACACACUCACACACAAAUUCACCGACUUCUGCUCCUCUUCCUUCAUCCAGUGCAUCCGUACACUCAUCUACACCUACAUACACGCCACAAACUCAAACUGCAAUUCCUAGUAGUUCACAUUUAACUCACACCUUUCUGUCUUUGCCCUCUACUACAACUGAAUCCACAGAACACACACCCCUCAUCGACCACAAAAUCACACCUAUACCCUCACAAACACCAACAAUUAUACCCACAUCUUCACACACACCCCAUACACAGAAUCUCCAGCCUUUGACAUCUUCAACUAAUGCCCCAGCUGCACAUAAACAGCCCCACAACUAUAUUACAACUACUCAUAGUUCUCUGCUCUCACUCACAACUGCAAAAUCAGAUGAAGAGGUAGAAGUAGUGAAAGAGGAUGAGUCUUGGCAGUGGUUUCCCACAGCUGGACCUACAUCCUGGACAGCCCCACAUCCCAGCCAGGAGAAGAAUUUGCCCCCCACCGCUUCUGUUUCAACCUCUGCUUGGAGCUCCACAACCAGUCAGACACCCAGGUUCUACAUAGUGCCAGACCAGCCUGCAGACAUCAGAGUGGAGUCAAUUGAGCUGCUGCUGCAGAUUCUUGUUGAAGAGUCCAAAUCCGCUCUUACUUCUGGUUUGGAGGAAGACACCACUGCAUGGGUGGAGCCGUACCUGCACAAAGCUCCAGGGUUCAGCAGGCUGCUGGGAGUCUGGAGCAGUGGCAAUGCAGUGCAGAGUCUGGUGGAGUUUCAAACCAGCGGUGCUCUACAGUGGCUCAGCAUGACCGGCCCCACAUCACUGCUGGAACGAACGGGGCUGUCUCAGGCUGUGUCUGAGAGGAGGAGCUUCAGAUCAUCCAAGAUCACCAACAUCACACUGGGAGGUCUGCAGGGUGAUGUGUGUGACUGGUUGCUGCAGUGUCCAGCAGGCUACAAGUGUGUGUUCCAGCCUGGCACUUCAAACUAUAGCUGCUCUUCUGUCUGCCACUUUGACUACUGCCACCACCACGGCAUCUGUACGCACCACCCGGGCCAACUUCCUGUCUGUCGCUGCCUUGUAGGAGAGGACUUCUGGUACAUGGGUCAGAGGUGUGACAUGAAGAUGACUCGAGCGAGACUCGUCGGCGCAUGUCUCGCCAUCUUACUCAUUAUUGUGACAGUGAUCGCUGUUCUGGCCCUUGUGGCAGUGCGGCGUUAUCGAGCCAUUCUGAUCCAGGCCAAAGUAGAUCAGACUCGGAGCAGCUAUCGCCGGUUCAACCAUUUCGAUGAGCUGUCAGGACGGUUCUGGUUGCGUUCGUGGGCGGGAUCAGCAGACUCGCUGGAUAAUCCCGCCUUUACACGAUCCGAUGAGUUACUGCACCUGCGGGCACUCGACCGCCCCUGCUGUUACCACGAUGACACGCUGUCACUGGCCUCCACCUGCCCCAGCCACGGGACACGCAUCAAUACAAUCUACCCCCAUAGCUCUCAGUAUGGCUGGAGGGGAAGUGAGAUGAGCAUGGGCGAUGGUGUGUUGGACUCGGGGAAGGCCAGUGACCUCUCUGUCUGUAGCUGGCCUGUUGAACCCAUUCACUGGACUCCCUUCCCUCUUCUGCAGCAACUGGCUUCUCACAGGACACCCACACAGGUGAGGAUGUCGAGGCCGCGGUCCUACUGUGAAGGCAUGGAGCUGGUAGACAUGGGGAAGAGCUGGACUGCUUGACACAGUCAAGACACAAAAAAGCAUCAAAUCUGUUCUGACACUGGUAUUUGCAGCUUGUGAUUUCAUUGUUGGCAUCAAAUGUUCUGGCGUUGUUGAUAACUGUAAAACAAUAAGUGUGAAUGUAUAUAAGUGUACAUAAGUGUAUAUUAUUUCUUAUAUUGUUGCUACAUUUCCCAAUUUGAAUCUACAAUCUGUUUCUUGGGCUCACUCUGAUAAGAUGUUGGAAUUACUAUAAAGAUAAAAUUAAAAAAACAAGCUGUCAAAAUAUCACAUUGUUUAGUCUUACAACCCUGAUCCCCAAAAACUGGGACGCUAUGAAAAACUAAAUAAAAAGAAGAGAAUGCAAAAUUUGGAAUUUGUUAUUGAUCUACAUUGUAUGAAAUACAGUACAAAGCAAGAUAUUUAAUGCUUAAACAGAUAAACCUCUGCUUUUUGUAGAUAUAUACACUCGUUCUGAAUUUUAGCAUCCCAACUUUCUUGGAAUUAGGGUUGUAAAUGAUGCUUUAAUGAACAUACAUCUUACUCAGGGCAAGAAUAAACGUAUUCUUUUGUCUUUUUCUGCUUUUGACAAUUUAAAUUCAUGUCUUUUACACAUACAGAGCUUUCCUCUCUGAGGUCAUCGUUAAGCAAGGAAGAAAUAUUUGUGGAGCACAAAUACAUGUAUAUAUUUUUGAAUGAAGGUGUACAUGCUUACGGGAAUAGUUUAACAUUUUGGUAAAUGUGCUAACUCAAAGAGUUAGAUGAUGAAAUUAUUACAACUCUGGUGUCUGUACAGUGAAUAUGAACUACAACCAUCAAAUUAGCUCAACACAAAAACUGAAAACAGUGAGAAUCGCCUCAUCUGGCUUUGUCCGAAAGUGACCAAAAUCCACAUCCACCUAUGAGCUUUUCUGAAAUGUAUUAAUUUAAACAUAUUGCAUAUGUUUAAUUUGUAAGUGUAAAAAUAACACAUUGUGGUUUUUAUGAAGGGUUAUGUUCCAGACUUCAUGCACAGUCACUUUCUUGUGUCUUCCCUUCAAAGUGAGGUUGCCUCUACUAUUCAAGAAAUGGCCCAGUAAACAACAAGAUAUAUUGUGCUAAUAAGUGCUAAUUCUGAUACUUUUGCACAGGGUCAGACUAGUGGCUUCACCCAUUUUUCCUGUCCAUAUGGAAAGCUGAGCUGGCUUCUGGCUGAAGCUUAAUUUUUACCGUAAAGGCGUGAGAGUGGUAUUGAUCUUUUGCUCUGUCUUUUGGCAAGAAACCAAAAAAGCCUUUUCCCUAAUAUGUCUAAACUGUUCAUUUAAGAUUCAACAUGCAGCAACUUGAUGAUGUCCAAACUUUUUGGAAUCAGUGUGGUAUACUAUGUCAAUGUUCACUGUGGUUGUUGGAAGAAAUGGGUGCAGGUAUUUGGCGCAUAAUUGACCAUGUUAGUACCAUAUCUGUGUACAAAAAGUUGGAAAAAGCUACAGCAGAUAAUAAACACUUAAAGACUAAA